GCGUUCCCGCUACAUAGCGACAAGAUGGCGGCCGCCGCCGGAUCAGGCGUCAAAGUCCCUCGUAAUUUCCGGCUGUUGGAGGAGCUGGAAGAAGGCCAGAAAGGAGUUGGAGAUGGAACAGUGAGCUGGGGUCUGGAGGAUGAUGAGGACAUGACUCUGACCCGCUGGAGAGGAAUGAUCAUCGGACCACCAAGGACAAUCUAUGAGAACAGGAUGUACAGUCUGAGGGUGGAAUGUGGCCCACGAUACCCUGAGACACCCCCUUUUGUAAGAUUUGUCACCAAGAUCAACUUGAACGGCGUGCACAACUCAAACGGGGUGGUUGACAUGCGAGCGGUGUCUUCGCUGGCUAAGUGGCAGAACUCGUACAGCAUUCGUGUGGUUCUGCAGGAACUCCGGCGUCUCAUGAUGUGCAAGGAGAACAUGAAGCUGCCCCAACCUCCUGAGGGACAGGUCUACAGCAACUGAGCACCCAGUUCCUCCUCUACUCUUCUUCCUUCUCAUCCCUUCACUUCGCUACUUUCCAUCCGAGACGUGUACAUCCUGACACUUACAGAGAUAUACAUACGCACACACUUAGACACACAUGCACACAUACAUAUAUACAUACAUACAUACAUACCCUCAAAAUAUUCCUGUUCUUUUCCAAGACUCUUGAAAAAAAAAAAAAAAAUCCCUCAAGUUAUCCCUUCUUGUAUACCAGGCCCCUCCCCUCUUGCUGCAACAGCCAGUGAGCCCUCCCUCCCCAGGGAGCUUCCAUUGGACAGAAAAAGAUGGAUGCAGGGCUGGGUCUUGCCCACCAUGCAGACCAGACAUUACGAUACAAAAAAAUACUGUACAUCUUACUAAUCUUCUU